AUGGCUGGGAGCGACUCUGCUGCUGCGACUGCGUCGUCGAAUGCCAAGGAGUUUCCCAAUACCCGCAUCAUUGGAUAUCCGCAUCACGUCACCUCCGAAGAAUCGACGCUCGGUCUUAUAGACGACGUGCUCAACAGCUGGGGCCGGCUAGAUGUUUGGGUCACCUCCUCCGGCAUCCUGGGUCCGCCUAGCAUCACCGAGACCAGUCCGGCGGAUGUGAUGAGGUGCUUUGAGACGAAUAGCCUCGCUCCGUUUUAUGCUCUGAAAUGGGCUCCUGCUGCCAUGUCCAAGACUACGCCUAAGGGGAGCUACGCGAAUGCUGCGCCCAAGGAUACGAAGUAUGGUUCUAUCAUCGUGGUCUCCUCGGUUGCUAGCACAUAUGGAGGGUGCUGGGGUCCCGCGUUGACGAUGUCUUCGCAUGCGGCACUGGGUGUCGUGCGGUCCGGCGUCGCGGUGCUUAAGGGAACUGGUGUGCGCAUAAACGCUAUCAGUCCGGGCCAGAUGGACGUGGGUGUUGAUCUGAAGGACUUUGAUCGCCGUGGCAUGGCGCACCAGUUACCGCCAAGUCGACUGCAGAAUGAGGAGAUUAGCAAGAAUACGAUCGGGCUCGAACGACCAGGUUUGCCAGAGGAGGUUGCGAGAGUCGCUGGGUUUCUGGCAAGUGGGUUUAGCAGCUAUAUCACCGGAGCCAAUAUGGUGGUUGAUGGCGGCGCAUCGUAAGCACUCACCAUUUCGGUGUUUCGGGAGCCAGCUGACAAUUGUGAAUAACCGAGUGAUGAAUCCGCUGACGGUUCCG